GUUAAUGUCAUAUAGUUCAGAGUGUAAACAACGUGAGUAUUAUUUGUUUAUUCAUAGAGACUUUUGGAUCUGCGGAUAAUUUGGGUAACAGGAGUGAGGGCUGUGUUGAUAGUCCACCAAAAGUUUUGAAAAGCGUUCAUCGGUAAGUUGCCUGGUACAACAAGUAUGUUUGCCAUGGCUCACUCUGGCGUUGGACCUGCAGGGAAACGCAAGGAGAUAUAUAAGUACAUAGCGCCAUGGCCUCUGUACAGUAUGAAUUGGUCAGUCAGACCCGACAAGAGGUUCAGGCUGGCUUUGGGGAGUUUCGUUGAAGAGUACAAUAAUAAAGUGCAGAUUGUCUCUCUGGAUGAGGAUAACAGUGAGUUCACUGCUAAAAGUACAUUUGAUCAUCCGUAUCCCACCACCAAAAUUAUGUGGAUACCAGAUAGUAAAGGAGUCUUUCCAGAUUUAUUGGCAACUAGUGGUGAUUAUUUGCGGGUGUGGAGAGCCGGUGAACCAGAUACACGUUUGGAAUGCGUGCUGAACAAUAAUAAGAAUUCUGAUUUUUGUGCACCACUGACUAGUUUCGAUUGGAACGAGGUUGAUCCGAAUUUAGUUGGUACAUCGUCGAUAGACACCACAUGCACGAUAUGGGGUUUGGAGACUGGUCAGAUUCUGGGUCGGGUUAAUCUCGUUUCGGGACACGUGAAGACACAGCUGAUUGCGCACGACAAGGAGGUUUAUGACAUAGCCUUCUCGAGGGCCGGAGGUGGUAGAGACAUGUUCGCAUCCGUUGGUGCUGAUGGGUCUGUUAGAAUGUUCGAUUUGAGGCAUUUAGAGCAUUCGACGAUCAUCUACGAGGAUCCAACGCACACGCCGCUUUUGAGGUUGGCUUGGAACAAACAGGAUCCCAAUUACCUAGCUACAAUUGCUAUGGAUGCCUGCGAGGUAAUUAUACUGGACGUGAGGGUGCCUUGCACGCCGGUAGCGCGUUUGAACAAUCACAGGGCUUGCGUCAAUGGUAUAGCCUGGGCCCCGCACUCCAGUUGUCAUAUUUGCACUGCGGGCGAUGAUCAUCAGGCCCUCAUAUGGGACAUUCAGCAGAUGCCAAGAGCUAUAGAGGAUCCGAUCUUGGCGUAUACCGCUGCAGAGGGAGAGGUCAACCAGAUCCAAUGGGGCGCGACGCAACCCGAUUGGAUCGCAAUUUGCUAUAACAAGUCAUUAGAAAUCUUACGCGUUUAGGCCAGGAACGAGAUCUGAUUAGCUGCCAAACGCGAGUUAAUGCGAACUCUCGCCACGGCAGUCGAGUUUAAUUUAUUUAGAACACGUAUAUAACAAAAAUAAUAAUAAUUAUGAAAAAAAAAA